AUUGACUUUAUCAGUCCAAGGACAUCAUCCGCCUGGUAAGGGGGGGAAGUUUGAUCCUCUUUCUCACGGAUCGCAGUCAACGGGAGUUUUUUACUUCCAACUCUGUACGUAGGAUUUUCCCCACUUUUGGCUUGGUUUGUGUUUUUUAUUUUCGGAUUUUUCGCACAACGUAGUAUAUCUCGGCGCAGUGUCUGCAGCGCGCGCACUCCGCUAAACUGGAUUUUAAUUUUAUUUUCUGUUUUCUUCCCGACUCCUAAGUUUUCUUCAAGCUCAUGACUAUGCUUCUUGAUAGCGGUCCGCAGUUUGCAUCGUUAGGAGUGGGGGGUUUUGGGACACCACGGCAUCAUGAAUUAGGCAACAGAGACCCUAGUCUGGGACUGAAUCCCUUCUCUGAUUCCUCUCACUCCGCCGCUUUUAAAAUCAGCCCCGUGGCUCACGAUAUCGCUUCCAGUCAGACAUCAGCCUUUACUCCGCAAGCUACUGGAUAUGCAGCUGCUCUGGGACAUUCUCACGGCGGGCAGGUGGGCUCAUAUGGCGGGGGAGCAUUCAACUCAACACGGGACUUUCUCUUCCGAAACCGGGGUGUUGGAGAGGCCACAGCGCCAAGCGCCCAGCAUGGGAUCUUUGCAUCAUCGGCGGGGAGCCUGCACGGACCGCCCGGGAUCACCGAUAACCCUGGACAUUUGUUGUUUCCAGGACUUCAUGACCAGGGAGUGAGCCACACUUCAUCGAGUGGACACGUAGUAAACAGCCAAAUGCAUCUUGGCUUACGCGGGGACAUUUUCGGAAGACCAGAUCCGUAUCGUCCGGUGGCAAGCCCUCGGACGGACCCCUACGGGGCUCAGCUUCACAACUACAACCACCCCAUCAAUAUGAACAUGGGAAUGAAUGUGCCGACACACCACGGUCCAGGGGCCUUUUUCAGAUAUAUGAGGCAACCGAUUAAACAAGAAUUGUCCUGCAAAUGGAUAGACGAGAACCAGAUGAACAGACCCAAAAAGACUUGCGACAGGACUUUCAGCACCAUGCACGAGAUGGUCACGCAUGUGUCCAUGGAGCACGUCGGCGGCCCCGAGCAGAGCAACCACGUCUGUUUCUGGGAGGACUGUCCGAGAGAGGGGAAAUCUUUUAAGGCCAAGUACAAACUCGUCAACCACAUUCGUGUGCACACGGGCGAGAAACCGUUCCCAUGCCCCUUCCCCGGAUGUGGGAAAAUAUUCGCCAGGUCGGAAAAUUUGAAAAUCCACAAAAGAACGCAUACAGGUGAGAAGCCGUUUAAGUGUGAAUUUGAUGGCUGCGACAGACGCUUCGCCAACAGCAGCGACAGGAAAAAGCACAUGCAUGUGCACACAUCAGACAAGCCAUACAUCUGCAAAGUGUGCGACAAGUCAUACACACACCCCAGCUCUCUCAGGAAACACAUGAAGGUACACGAGUCCCAAGGUUCAGAGUCAUCUCCAGCAGCAAGCUCUGGAUACGAGUCAUCCACACCGCCAGUACUGGUCUCAGCCAGCGCCGAGGACCCGACAAAAACACCACCGUCAACCGUACAAAACACGUCUGGCCACAGCGAAGGACUGGCACCCAACUUUAAUGAAUGGUACGUUUGAAGAACAACAAACCCUCUUUCAUUGUGGACCAUGAGGAUGAGGAUAAUCGAGGAGUAAACCUCAAAAAAGCGAAAGAAACAGAUAAACUAUUCCGUGUCACUUCACACACAUACCAACACACGCGCAACACACACAAAUGGGAUUGGAAGAACAACAGCAACAACGGGAGAUGAGAGCAAAAGCCAGCAGCAAGCAGGCCACGUCAGUUCUCAGGAUCACAAAAAAAAUUGACUUUUAUUCCACAGUUUUGAAGAAAUAAAAAAAAAAUCACAAAGUCAAACGUAAAUAAAACGUACUUUCUCAGUAUAAAUAAAUGUUUUUUUAUCUUUUAGUUUACAGAUUUCAGAAAAUUUGUUUUAUUUUUCAUUUUAUGUAUUUUCUCAAAUUUUUAUUUAAAAAAAUAAAUAAAAAAGGAAGAUUAUUUCACGCUGUUUUAUAUUAAGGUGACGCGCUACUGUCGCCUCUUCAAUUGAUUGUUGAAACUUCAGUCUUAAGAAACGUGCCAAAGUCUUUGUCAUGAACUUGAACACAGAAAAAAAAUCAUAAAUAAAUAUUAUACUCGUGAAUGUAUUUCCUUGUUUGAUGGGGUCGAAUCUGUUGUCAACGUCCGUUUUUCAGGUGGAGACAUGUGGUAUUAGGUUACGAUUGUUACCGUUGAAUAUAACGUUGCCUUUUGUUAAUACCGUUGUAAAUACAUAUCCAUGAUGCCAUAUUUAUCAAUUUGUAAUUUAAUUAUGGGUAUAAGUUCUGAAACUUAAAUGAUAUUUAUGGAAAUGUUUUCUAACAAGAACUGUACAGUUUUUGGUCAUAACCAGCUUAACAAUGAACAAAUCAUAAACUCUAAUGCUCCAACAUCGCGAUUGUAUCCUUCUGUUUUCUCUUUUUAACCAAUAGGCCUACAUGUGUCUUAUUUGGAUCACAAAAAAACAUCUAUAUGAAUAUUAUGGGAUUUGUCUAUAUAUAAUGCAGAUAUUUCCGUCACUUUUAUUUCCUUUAUGAGACCAUUGACAUGUAUAAAAUCAAUGACUGUGUAGACCUGAGUUCAGUUGAGCGGAGAAGCUAUAAAACGAUUCUGUUGAUAUCUUUACUUUUGGUCAAAUUUAAACUUUUUGUGUAUCUUACUUUUAUAGAAUCAGAAAUAGAUGUCAAUUCUUGGCAUAAACUUCAGGAGCAGAGAGAGAGGGAAAAGAAAAGAAAAGAAAAGAAAAGAAAAGAAAAGAAAAAAGGGAAGGAAACCCACCAGCCCAUUGCAAUCCUAAACAGGUCUUAGACGAGUGUGCGAAGUUCAUGAUUUCCAAAUUAAGGCGACAGUAUUUUCAGUUUUUUUUUGUUUUUUUUUUUGUUUUUUUGACUGAUGGGUCAAGCGCCCGAACUUCUGCGCCUGGUAUGGCAAUCUUCAUAGUUCCAGCAAUGUCUUUGUGCAAGUAGCCUAUGUUUAAAUGUGUGCAUCGGCAACAAUGGAACUGUCACAACAACAGUAUCUUCAAAAAUAAAAAAAGUUUUUUGUCUGUCAGCUUGCAUUGUUUUAAAUGUAAUUCUUCUGUGAAACUAAGCGUGUUAUUUGUUGUGGUGUUGCAUAUAGAGCAGUUUUAUUACACAUUUGCUUGUUUUGUGUGAAUAACUUGUCAAGAUGACAUUUUUUGUGUUUAACAAAAUUUAGUGGAAGGAAUUCUAAAUCUAUGUGGGAUGGGUGGAGAAUACGUUCAGUGGCGAAAAAGAGUUACAGCAUUGCAUUUGUAACCUAUUCUCAAGAAUUAAAUAUUAUGCAUACACAAAGUAUAUUGUACUCAUAUGAGAACAAUUUCAGACCACCAGCACUACUUUUAAAAUAAAAUGUAAAAAAAAAACGGUACCUCUUGACAGUGAUAUAUGAAAUAAGUUUAUUUAAAUAAUUUAAGGAAUAUAUGUUUUAUAUGCUAUUUUCUAUACCUUAAUUUAAAAAGAAGUACAUUUUCUUAUUCUAACCACCUUUCUGCCCCAUGUCCAGAGGUCAGAGGAAAAUAUCUGAUGUAUAAACACAGCUAGAAUGUGAUGUUGUAACACUUUCUAGGAGAAAUGGGUCACACUACGAGUUAUUCCUGAAGAGCAAAACUGUUUUACUGAUGAACUGUGUCACUGUGCCACAUCGAGGCAAACCAUGUUACAACAGCAGGCAUAUGCGUUAGCCUAUUUAGCUACCAGAGUCAGACGUUCCUUGUACUUUUUAGGCUACUGUAUGUUGGUUGAUUUGUUUUACCAACUAUUUAUGAAAAAUGUGAACGGAAAUUUUGAUUGACAUUAAAAAACAUUAUGAAAAGCGA